AUGUGGUCUCCGCUGAUACGGUCAGUUAAGAUAGCAGCUAGGCAGUCGAGAAACAAUUGCUCCAGUGUUUGGAACAGGAGGUGGUACAGCAGUCGGUAUGGGAUGAAAAAGACGACUGGCCGAUAUGGAACAGACGAUUACUCGCGAUCCUCGUCUUACACCAGCUUCAUGCAUACGUCUAAUCCUGGAGGAAUCAUCAGUCACUCGGACCCGCUGGCUGCGAUAUUGUCUCAACCGACCUUGGUCAUACAGCGGCAAAUUGAGUACAUGAACUUGUUCUUGGGAUUUGAGCAGGCUAAUAGAUACGUUCUGAUGGAUUCUAUGGGCAAUCAGUUAGGUUGGCUUUUGGAGCGCGACUUUGGAUUCACGAAAGCCAUUAUGAGGCAAAUAUACAGGCUUCAUCGCCCCUUCACUGUGGACGUACUAGAUAACUACGGGAACGUUUUGAUGACUAUCAAAAGACCGUUCAGUUUCAUCAAUUCUCACAUCAAGGCAUUUCUUCCAAAUGUGAUAGAUCCCCAAUACCCGGAUGGGGCGUUGAUCGGAGAGUCAGUUCAAAGUUGGCAUUUGUGGAGACGAAGAUAUAACUUAUUCAAAGCGAGUGGGGAAGACACCUUCGACCAGUUUGGAGCCAUUGACUCCGGCUUCUUAUCCUGGGAAUUCCCCGUCAGGGCAGAGAAUGGAACGAUAUUGGGCGCUGUUUCGAGGAACUUUGUUGGAUUUGCAAGAGAAUUGUUCACGGACACAGGCAUCUAUGUGAUCCGAAUGGAUCCGCUGAGCUUUCAGGGGCUGGAAGAUUUAUACUACCCCGUCUCUGAGAAAGGAAUGACGCUUGAUCAAAAGGCAGUUUUGCUAGCCAACGCAGUGUCCAUUGACUUUGACUACUUUAGUAGACAUAGCUCUGGACCUGGAGCUGGCUUGAUGUUUUGGGAAAGCGAAUAA